AAGGAAAUGAAAACGUGCCAGUUUACAGGCUGAUGUCAUCAAGGGGGUGGAUAAAAGACAGGCUUGAAAAAGGAGCAGCAUGAGCUGUUGCCGCAGAGACCGCCGCUGAAAUCAGCAUGAACUGCAGCGUACAGCACAGCUAUGAUGAGCUGCACGACAGGCAAAGCAUACUGGCUUUGCAGCCUUUCUGGGACUUGAUCCGAACACAGGAGCACUGGAUCAAGUCACCAUUCUUUCCAGCGCUCUUCAGCUUUAUCGUUUACACAGCUUUUUGCCUGCCUUUUAUUGUACUGGACUUCUUGAGCAUCCGAGUCCCAGCGCUGAGAAAAUACAAAAUCCAGCCUCAGAAUUCCCCCACCCUGGGAAUGCUGGCACUUUGCAUCACUCAGAGCAUUUACCAGCACCUUGUCUGCAUCCUCCCUGUGACUGUGGCUCACUGGUACUGGAGACCUGUGAGCUUGCCCAGGAUGGCUCCUGAGUUGCCAAGGCUCCUGCUGGAUAUCACUGUUUGCUUGCUGCUCUUCGACUUCUUCUACUUCCUGUGGCACUUGCUCCAUCACAGAGUGCCUUGGCUCUACAAGACCUUCCACAAGGUCCACCACAAGCACACCUCCACCUUUGCUCUCACCACUCAGUAUUCAAGCGUUUGGGAGCUGCUGUGGCUUGGAUUGUUUGCAGCCAUGUGUCCGAUGCUGCUGCAGUGUCACCCUUUGACAGAAAUGACUUUCUUCAUUGCCAACAUCUGGCUCUCAGUGGAGGAUCAUUCCGGCUAUGAUCUGCCAUGGUCGACCCACAGACUGGUCCCUUUUGGUCUUUAUGGAGGAGCCCCACACCAUGAUCUCCACCACUUGAAGUUCAAAUUCAACUAUGCACCUUACUUCACGCACUGGGACAGAGUGUUUGGAACAUUGAACCAUGCUCUUGAGGAAAGCUCUGUGCCGGCGAAACGAAAGGACUAGUUUCUGAUGGUCUUCCCACCCAGUUUACUUUGGUGUGAAUAACCUGAAGAGAUGCACACUGCACAUGUUUCUAUUUAUGUAUAGUUAUUUGGGAAAGUAUGUCUGAAAUAUCCACCACCUAUGAUUGUUUAGUAGAAACAAUGGUUAUGGUGCAAGCCAUCACAUAGGCUGGAAUAGAGCCUAUUUUCUUUAGGCUAUCCAUGCUUUUAUAAAGCUAUUGUGUAUAUGCCAUGUAUCUAAGAGAGUUUUUGCUUACUGAAAAAACAAAGCUGAUUUCUGGUGAGAGUGGAAAUAAUGCCUAUAAUGAUUCCUGUGGAAUUUAUCGUGCCUUGGCACUGGAGAGAGAAAAACAAAACAAAGACACAGUUCUGAAAACCUUCCUGGGGGGUGAUAAUAGCCCCCAUAGAAAUGAAACUCUGUUAUAUUUUGUUCAGUGAUAUUUAAAUUAUUUAUUCUAUUCUUGCAUAUGCAAUAAAUUUUAUAUUAUAUUGUCCCA